GAGAAUUGGUGCCACCUCCUUGACCACUGACAUAGAUAAGAUAUAUGUAUCAUUCUUUAAAAAUUCGUGAUUGAACUUUUAUUUUUUACACGUUGGCGUGCAUUUUGAUAAUAAACAAAUCGUUAGGAAAUAAAAUAAAAUUUCUGUUUUCACUUCUAUAAAAAGGCGAGUGAAACUUGUAGAACAAAUAUACAGUUUUCAUUUACACAUGAUCACAUUUCGUUUUUCCAGUCCACAAUCAUUUUUACUUUUUUUGAAAAAAUUGCUUUUAAAGAUGCAAACAUUAAUUUUCCUUUUUAUUUGUAUCACAAUUUUUUUUGUUUCCAAAAUUAUGUGUGAUAAUCCAUGUUUAGUUCCCGGAGAAAAAGUCGACAAAUUUUUCCGAAAUAUUAACGUUUACAAGAUCGAAAAAUAUCAAGUCUGGUUAACGAUUCCUGUGAAAAGUGAUGAAUAUCUGGAAACAAAUUAUAUAGUUUACGUGAAAGAGCAAAAUAAAUUUUUAUUUAUAAAAACCAGUAAUGUUAUUUACAUGCAAGCUGCAGAUACUUUAGUUAUUUUUGUUUCUAGACUAUCUCCAAAUACUACAUACAGUUUCCGAGUUGUUGAUAAAAGUACAAAUGCAUUUUACGAAAGCACAAAAGUUACUACAGAGCAGUCGUACCGCAGACCUAUUAAACCGAAAGAGAAUAUGUUUUAUAUUUCAUUUGAGAAAAAUGAAGCAAUUUUAACUAGAAAAGAGCAUUAUCAUUGGCAAGAAAUAUCGACAUGGUACCGUAUCCAGCUUCUUCAAGUAGACGGAAAGAAUGAAACUCUUAUGGAAACAGCAGUCUUAAAUGCAGAUACUAAUUCCAAUCGUUUUACUAAUCUCACACAAGGAAAUAAAUAUAAAUUUAGAAUUGAGAUUCAUAAUGGAACGAGAUUUUCUGAAUCUAUAGAUACUAGAGAAUACAUAGCAGGCAACUAUGAAAGACCAAUUGAGGUUUUAAACUUUACUGACACAACAUGCACAAUCUUAUGGAAGAAACCAGCAAAUGCGACCAAAGAUAUGGUUUACUAUAUACAUGUUAUCGACAAGGGCGACAGAAAUAUUAGGACACGUUAUAUGUUUGCUUCUCCUGGAAUACCUCUUACUAUUUAUGACCUUUAUCCUGGAAACGAAUAUGCCUUUGCCGUUUCUACAAUGGAGGCAAUACGUUCACCGUUCGUUGAAACAGAUUGUAGAACUACGCCUGUAAUAGAAAACCUUCAGCGAAUUCUUUUAAUAUAUCAUUCGAGUAUGGAGUUGUUCAAAUACAGUUCAUUAACUACUUAAUUUACGAAGAUUGUGAAAAAGUAUACAAUGUUUUUAUUUUCAACAAAGAAAAACGAAAUACUUUAGUAGUAUAUGAUCAAAUAACAUGCAGAAAUUAUAAAGUCGGUCCUUAUUAUUUCGAACCAGGAAAAUACUUUAUUAUGAUCCAGGCCUGUCAUACAGAUUCCAGAUGUUCUGAAUUUUUAAGAAGCAGAGAAUAUACUAUAG